AACCUAUAAACCAACCCCGCACAUCAAACCUCGAGUAUCAUAUUCCCAUGGCCGCAAUGUCACUGAUGUAAUUAAACCCCAAACCCGGGGUCCUAUUUUCAAACCUCAUCCCCCCAUUCACCGAUCAAAUAGCAGAUCACCUGAAGACGCCGCGGCCCCGCAGGCAUUGCCAGUGACCCUCCGCAGCAGCCCCUUUCCGGAUCGCGAUCAGCCCUUCUCCCCUCCUCCAGCCCUACACCUGUCCGCACCCGAUUGCAUACCCGCCCAGCCUCGUCCACGUGUCACGCACUCCCCCUUCCCUUCAUUUUCCCCCAGAAAAAAUUAUAAUUUAAAAAAAUCGAUAAAUUCAUUAUUUUAUUAUCCAACUCGACUGGAGGAGGAGCUGACCACCUUUGCAAUAAUAAAAUUAAAUAAGGCCGGGAAAAAGGAAAUCCGGCCGGACGAUUGGGGGGAAGUAUGCGCAUUGCCCACCUCACCGCUUCCGAUGCGCUCCACGGCCGGAGUGGGAGAUCCGGCGGCGGGCGGUCAGUACAGUGUCCUGGUGGACCGUUGCCGGAUGCUGGAGGCGACCCAGGCUGAGCUUCGUCAGCAGUUCAGCGAGCUGCUGCUUGAGAAGGAGGAGGAAGGGGACCUCCCCGGCGGAAGACUCAUUCCUGGCUACUUCUCCGGCGGGAGCCCCUACCGGAGCAUCCUGGAGUCCAUUGGCCACGCUGUCCACGUCUGCUCUGCCUCUACUGGGGAAAUCGUCUACUGGAACCGCUCUGCUGAAAAUCUCUAUGGAUGGAAAGACUAUGAAGUCAUUGGGAAAAGAAUGGAUCAGCUACUGGUCAGUGAGGAACGCCGCGCACAUUUUCAGAAUAUUUUGGAACAAUUGAGCCCUGGACGACCGCUGGCAGCUCAGUUCCCCUUCAAAAGGCGGUCCGGUGAAACAUUUAUGGCGAUGACAACGAAAAGCCUGUUGUACGAGGAUGGAGAGCCAGUCGGUGUUAUCAUUGUCUCGAGCGAUGCGGCGCAUUUUAACAGUACAAAGCUGGUGCCCAAAAGAAUUAAUCAGGACAGUGCCAAUGGACUACCUAGAGGGCUGAGGUUAAAGAUUAAGUGGCAUCCACGGCUGCAAAUUGCAUCCACUGUAUCCAACCUGGCCUCAAAAGUUCUAUUGCGGAAAAGCGCGGACAGAACUCGUCACGAGUCUGCUGCUAGAUGGAAUGAUGGAUCCGAUGUCGACGAAGACGAUUUGUUGAAGAAACCAGUGAAGCUAACAGAAAAUUUCUUGGAGAGACUGCACAUUGGGAGAAAUAGAGGCUGCAUAUGCGAACAUGAUGAAAGUUGUCAACCGGAUGGUAUUGGUGAUAGACCAGAGAACAAUCCUUUACCCAGUUUGAAGGCAUCAACUUCAUCACACGGGACUGUUUGUGUUGAGAAAAGGAAGGAGAACCUUGUUGACAGUAAUUCUUUUGUACAUGCUUCUGAAGGAGACAAGUCAGUUGCUAAUAAAAGUAUGGAUCAGACUUGCAUUAGGGUGUCCGAAAGAGAAUGUUGUCAGUGCUUCAGUUUGCCAAAACCAGAAGAUUUAGUUGCUAGCAGAGGCAGCAAGGUGUCUGAAAAGAUGGGAGGAAAUAUGGCGUUGCAGAAAGAUAGGGAGAUGGCGGACAGAGCACAAAGAGAUCAUGAAGAAAAACAGUGUUCAAGCUCGGGGGGGAGUAUUGGCAGCUAUGGGACUGCAUCCAGCAGAGGCGACAGUGAAUUAAGUUCUUUGGUUGAUUGUGAGAUUCAAUGGGAAGAUCUGCAGAUAGGUGAAGAAAUUGGUCAAGGCUCAUAUGCUGUGGUACAUCGAGGAAUUUGGAAAGGAUCGGAUGUCGCGAUCAAGGUUUAUUGUUCGAAUGAGUAUGGUGAGAAAAUCUUGCGAGACUACAAGAAAGAGAUUGAUAUCAUGAAGAGACUAAGGCACCCAAAUGUUUUGCUUUUCAUGGGAGCAGUUUAUUCACAGGAACGACUGGCCAUCGUCACAGAAUUCUUACCGAGGGGAAGUCUCUUCAAGGCUCUUCACAAGAACAAGCAAGCAAUAGACAUAAGGCGGCGAAUGAGAAUGGCCCUUGAUGUUGUUAGAGGUAUGAAUUAUUUGCAUCACAGGAAUCCACCAAUUCUUCAUCGAGACCUCAAAUCUUCCAACUUGCUUGUUGAUAGAAACUGGAAUGUCAAGGCUGGUGACUUUGGUCUCUCGAGAUUAAAGAACGCAUCCCUACUAGCUACAAAAUCUGGAAGAGGAACUCCUCAGUGGAUGGCACCUGAAGUCCUUCGCAAUGAACCAUCAAAUGAAAAGUCUGAUGUGUUCAGUUUUGGUGUUGUCCUAUGGGAACUAAUGACACAGUCCAUUCCAUGGAACAACUUAAACCCCUUACAGGUUGUCGGAGUGGUUGGCUUCAUGGACAGAAGGUUGGACAUUCCAGGAGGAGUUGAUCCUGAGAUAGCAUCUAUUAUCCGAGAUUGUUGGCUCAGUGACCCAGACCAGCGGCCAUCCUUUGAGGACAUUCUCAAGAGGAUGACCAGCUUUCUGCAGAAGACCAUGGCGGCUUCAAGAUCCGAGGAGCCUGGAUAGCUGAAAACAGAGGGGACUUUUGUAUCAACAGUGUAUGUUUUUAUUUCGUUUGGUCUCUUUAUGUUUGCUGAAGAACUAUCUAGUGCCCAUACAUCGUGUGCUUAGUUUAGGAUCAUCCAAAAAGGAUAUGCAGCUUCAACAUUCUUUUGUUCUUUAUCGACCGAAAGAUGAGAUAAAAGCGGUCGAUAUGAUCGAUGUUCAUUUCACUCAUGGAUGAAUAAUACUAUCUCGGUGCCAAUCUGGUUUGGAUGA